AAUCGAAGUGAUGUUUUAAGUGCUGUGAAUGAAGUACAUACUAAUUCGAUCUAUUGUUAAGAAAUGCACUGAACGUAUAAAAAUAAACGUUAUUCCGUAAAAGACUGUUAUGAAAAAAGACAAUUAUUUAUUUGUUUGUGAACCUUGUGUAAACGUGUGUGGGUAGAAUUGAAUUAUAAGCAAUUUGUGUUAUAACUAAAGACAUUAACCGCAAUAGUGUGAAAAAUAAUGUUUGGUGACAAAUCAAUAUUCAGUGAAAAGAUUGGCUUCUGUUGUUUCUUCUCAAACGGGCUUCCUUUCAAAAGACUAACGCUCGGAAGGGAAAAGUCUAUUAUGCUUACAUUAUUAAAUAUUUAGUUAUGUAAUAUUUUGUGACACGUUGACAAACUACAAUACCUUCAUUACACACAACAAAUUAUUUGUGUAAUAGAAUUGCAUAAGUUCAUGGGACAUACCAUUAAUUCGGAGUAGGGGAUGCUUAUACACUUGUGUGUAGUUUUAUGCGUUUGCAGAGACCUAUUAUGCUAAAAAAAUUGCAUAUAUAUCAGAAGCUGUGAUAAAAAUUACCGUAUAUGUUUGCUUAAAAUAUAUUGUGUCAUCGUCGAGAUGACUGAUUUAAAUGGUCUAAUUAUAUAAUGAAAUAAAGACGCAGUUUUAAUAAAACACUCCACGCUUCGUACAAUUUUAUUUUAACUUGCAAUGAAAUUAAGUGUUAGCGCAUAUCGAUCACAAGCGGCAGCUCAUAAAAAAAUAUUAUCUGGUGGUUACCACUCACAUCAUAAUUACGGCAGCACAGAACCGCCCAGCGUAUAUGAGAUUGAUAUUAAUGACAGAUCAGUGGCUUUCGCUCAGAAGGCGAAUGAAACAGAACGCCAUAACAAAUGUUUUGACGAUACAAUUUCAAACGAAACUAACAGAUCCGCAGAAGGCGACGGUUCACCAAAUAUUAGGAAGAGUCCCCGACAAAGCGUUGACGAUAGCGGCUCUUCGUCAAAUGGUAAAAGCCCAAGCAUAAGGGGAAGAACAAAUCAAAGAUGGAUGAAGCUUCGAACAACAGUACAAAUAUCAUCGGCUAUGCAAAAGAAACCACCGUUAAAAAGAGAAGAUUCUUUUCUGAAACGAUUUUCUACGAGGCAAACUACUGCAACUCAAGAAACGAUCGAGGAUACCGGGUCGGAGGGGACUGCUGGUGAUGUUGAUAUGAACAUUAAAAAGAGGCGGCGUUACUUGCAAAAUCGCCGGUCAGUCGUCAAUCCUGAUGAAAAUUUUUAUUUCUAUUGGCUUAUGGCCCUUACAAUAUGUGUUCUUUAUAACCUGUGGACAUUAAUUGUUCGACAAAGUUUUCCUGAACUGGAGCAAUCUGUGUCAAGCUUUUGGUUGAUGUGCGAUGUCAGUACUGAUAUAGUUUUCAUAUUUGAUAUAUUAGUACAAUUGCGAACAGGGUAUCUGGAACAAGGUCUAAUGGUAUAUGAUGACAAAAAGCUUGCUUGUCACUAUGUAAGGUCCAGAGAUUUCAUUCUAGAUUUGAUGACCUUAAUACCGCUGGAUCUUUUACAAAUAAAAAUGGGAUCACAACCAUUACUGCGGUUUACGAGAUUUUUUAAAGUAUAUCGUUCUAUACGAUUUUAUUAUAUUGUUGAAAGUAGAACCGUGUGGCCUAAUUUGUGGCGGGUCGUCAAUUUAAUUCAUAUAUUAUUGAUUCUGGCUCAUUGGUUUGGCUGUUUUUACUAUUUGCUGUCGGAAGCUGAAAGUUUUCAGAAACAGCUUAUAAACGAACGUAUUAACCGUUUGAGUCCCAAGCAGCGCGAAAAACCCAGCACAUUUCGAGCGUUGUGUUACGUAUUGUCGAAGUCGAGACUUAUUGACGCAAUACAAUAUACUCCUCUCCUUUUUAUUUCAUGUAUUUUCAAUGACAAUGUAAGACCAAAUUUUUCGGUGGACGGGCCAAGAUCGAUUCCUAGACGCGGUAUCAAAUCCAGAUUACUUCAAUUUGGCGCAAGCUAUGGGUACAUAUUUACAAUUAUCAGUUAUCUAAUUGGAGUUUUCAUUUUUGCAACUAUCGUCGGCCAGGUAGGAAAUGUUAUCACAAAUCGUAAUGCCAACCGAUUAGAAUUUGAAAGACUUUUAGACGGAGCUAAAACAUAUAUGCGACAUCACAAGGUUCCUGGCGGAAUGAAGCGGAGAGUACUACGAUGGUAUGAUUAUAGUUGGUCUAGAGGUCGUAUUCAGGGCGGUGGAGAUAUUAAUACAGCUCUUGGUCUUUUGCCUGAUAAAUUGAAAACUGAACUCGCUUUGCAUGUAAACCUUAGUGUGCUCAAGAAAGUUACUAUAUUUCAAGAGUGCCAACCAGAGUUUCUUCAUGACUUAGUCCUUAAAAUGAAAGCUUAUAUUUUCACUCCUGGAGAUUCUAUAUGCCGAAAGGGAGAAGUAGCCAGAGAGAUGUUCAUUAUAGCCGAUGGAAUAUUGGAAGUGUUAAGUGAAACCGGCAAAGUCUUAACCACGAUGAAAGCUGGCGAUUUUUUUGGGGAAAUUGGUAUCCUUAAUUUGGAUGGAUUAAACAAACGUACAGCUGACGUACGUUCAGUGGGUUACUCCGAACUUUUCUCACUAUCAAGGGAAGAUGUACUGACUGCAAUGAAAGAUUAUCCAGACGCUCAGGAAAUUUUACAAACUUUGGGUCGUAAACGAUUAAUGGAAGUGAGAUGCGUGAAUAAAAAGUACGCAAAGUCGCAAACAGACAAGCAAGGAGGAGUUGGUCCACGGAACCGUCAAAAACAAUUGAGUUAUGUUACCAUUCAAAAUGAUAAUUCCGGUGAAAACGCAGCUUCAAAGAAGGUGGAUGAUAAACUGAAGAAUGAUGUAAAAGAGUUAAUUAACGUGCUUAAAAAAUCGCGGAAUUCUCGUUUACGUAAUGAAGCGAUAGAAAUGCAACAUAUUCGAAACUUAUCUCCAAAGAAUUGCAGGUCCGAAAUAAGUCAGAUGCCAUGUGCGUUUUCGGAAGAAACAGACGAGAAAUUGGAAGAGAAAAUCGAGAAAUCUAAUUAUACUUCUAGUCCAAUUGGGGCAGGUUUACCUCUAUUGCAAAGAUUGCGACUAUUAAAGGAGAAACAGGAUCGCGAACAGCGAGCUUCAGUCUCUACACUAGCAUCAACUCCAACUAAUCAAACUCAUGCAACGUGUACAAUACCAUCGCAGGAAUCGAUUCAAGAGGAACCAGAGGGAGAUGCUAUUGAAGGUUUUACAUUUACUCAGCAUCUUCAGCAGCAGAUAGGAGUAAAAAAUGAAACACCUCCUUUGAUUGGAUUAAAGCUAAAAACAUCUUCAAAUUGCAACAAACACAACAACGCAGCUAAUACUUCCAUUUUAUCGGUGGCGCAGAUUAAGCCCAUUAUGAAAGUUUCGUUUCGAAAAAAUUUAAAUGAAGUAAAGCAAUGUGCAGCGGACCGUAAAAUAGCGGAGGCUAAGAGCAUGAUGGUCAUGAAUGCACUACCCAAGAAACAGCCGCCCAAUACUUUGCUUAUAACGAAAUCUCACAUUAUCGAAGAGAGAGAUGCGACGGCAGAAAACGGUGCGAGCGGCAAAUCGUAUAAACCAAUUGCUACCAUUUCAAAUAAGAUUGAUAAGCUGCCACCUGCGAAGAUAUCUGUUUUAUCUGAUUUGGACACGCCAACUAAACCGUGGUCCAAGCUUAAAAUAGCAACAUUAUCAUCCAGUUACACAAGCUUAGCGACAUCACAUACGUCAUCCGAGGAUGUGCACUCUCCGGUGAGAAAUCGUUCUCCAGAAAAUAUAAAAAAUGUUAUUUUGAAGCAAAACCAAUCCAAGUGUUGCGAACCCUUAACUUAUUCUACACGACGAAAGCUGAUGAAUAAUACAUCAAAAAUGCAAGAUAGACUAAAAGUUCAAUCUUUGAAUAGAGCUAAAUUUUACCAAUCCGUAUUUGAUUUGUCUCCUGAAUAUAAGAGAUUGCCGUUUGUUAAACGUCUAAAAAUUUUAAAUGAACGUCAAAAAAUAGCAGAACUUGAGAAAGAUUUACAAGUGAGAAGUUUCAGUUUGGACGACCCAAAGUUGAUUAGAGGCCUCUCGCCCGCUGGGAAAAUUUACCGUUGCCAAAGUGAUACGUCAGGCAUCAACACACAAACUUUAUUGGCAUAUGAUUCCAGUUCCACCACUUCAACGAAUACAUCAACGUCCGAAAAUUCCAAAAAGGUCUCAUAUCGCAUAGGUCGAAAUCGUUUCAAUAUUUUGGAACAGAACUAUUUACCACUCAGUCCAGAUAAUAAUGAACCAGAACGAAAACACCUGAAGAGCAUUUUAAUGAAAUUUAAUAAAACUACAGACCGCCAAAAGCAACUAGAAAUUAAUGAGAAGCCUUCUGAAAUCACAUAUGCGUCACUGCAGCCUUUUGGCGUCUAUUCGAGGGAACCUACUUUAGAAGGAUUUACAGGUACUUCAAAUAGUGCAAGUAACUUUGAGCUGUUUGAAUGCAAACAAAGCGAAGAUAAGCCAUCAAGCGUUAGCUUUUCAAACGAUCAUUUAACGCCGUUGCUAUAUGACCAGCUAAUUAAAAAAAACAAAACUUGCAGCAAAACGAAAUGUGAAAACCACCUACAUUCAUGCUCCAAUUCCAAGAAUCAACAUUCGUAUCUGGAUGAUAUAGAAGAAGGAUUAUUUACAGGUUUUCCAGGAGGACAGCAAUAUUUUGAUAAAAUUUUAAAUGGUAUUAACACUGUGAUUCACGCGCACAUAAGCGAAAUGCAAUCGAAGUUUGAGUCGCAGUUCACAAACAUGGCUUUAGAAAUGAAAAGAAGAGACGCUAUAAUUGCUCAUUUAAAAACACAGCUAACGACCGUGUCUUUAAAUGUGCCGCCGUCUUCGUCUUUAAAUAAAAAAAUCAGUCGGGAUCACCGGAUACAGUUUACAGAAGACGAUCUCUGCUCUGGAGAUGCUAGCAGUUCAACUUCAUCCGCCGAGCCAUUUUUUAUGCGAGGAGAUUCACUUGACACGGUAUUUACUUCGUCGCCACCUACACUGACGUCUAAUCGGCUUAUCGCAUCACCAAAAAGCAGCCGAUUCAAAAAUGCUGACACAUUCACAUACCCCAAAAAACAACUUCAGAAUGAAACUAAUGCAUGUAGGAAAGAAUACAGGAAUUUACAACAAUCACAGAUGAAAGACAAGAGUAUAAAAUUAACUCCUACAACAUUCGAUAACACCGUUGUUGACAUGGAUGAUAGUUCAAACUCCAGUUCCUCUACCGAGAAAUUUAUUCAUGACCAAAGAACCGGCUACCAUGCUAAGGACGAAGACAUAAAUAGCCGAAAAAAUUAUCAAGGUGACUGGGAAGUCAAAAUGUUGGCAGCAGAAAUGGAAAAGCAAGAACGCAAAGUGGUUUAUUCGCCUUUACACUCAUUCCUACGUAAGCGGAGAAAGUUUAGUGACACUGACACAGAAUGCGCUGAAACUGAAACCACAAGUACACCACACGAUGUAACUAUCGCUUGUCGAUCCAGAGCGUACAGUCUCGACCAAUUUACUAUAAGUUUCGAAAAUGAAAGCCGUGCUAGAGAACUAAAUGUUGCCAGUCGUAAAAAUAGUAAUGUGAACAAGAUAAAUAUUAAAGAAGAAAACUUUUGAAAUUUAAAUAUGUGUCAAUAUAACUUAUGUGACUUAAAGCAAUUAUACGUUGUAAUACAAAUAUUGAAGGAAUGAUAUAAUUUAUGUAAUGUUCCCAAUACGCAAUUAUAUAUAGCGUAGUAUCGUAAUAUGUACAUGCAUAUUUUUAUCAUAAUGCUAAAAAAAUUCUUUUGCGUUCGUAACUAUCUCGUUAUGCGCGUUAUAGAAGGAACAGGAGAUACGUGUUAUUAAGCGCCUGCCUGUUUAAAGCAUAUAUUUAUAUAAUAUUUCACCGAGUUUCCUGCCGACAUCUUCUUUAACUUAUAAGAGCUUGUAUCUUCAAAUUUUCUAUUGGUAUUAAUCGAUUUGUACACCUUAGAUUGCUAUAAUUCUCAAAGAUCGGAAAAUCAAUUAUUAUCGUAUUAUGGUGAUCCACACUGUAUAUGCAUUAGAUUUUUCUGUUCCGAAACCAUUUAUAGUUAUCACCAAGCUAAUAAGAGCAAAUGAAAAAGAUUAACGGUGGUCAUUAGACCGAUCGGGACCAAUUUGCAUAAGACUUCUAGGCGGCUCUGCUAAAUAUUGUAUAUGUGCAUAUUUUCGAUUAACACCUAUAUAUCUAUUGCAAUCAUUAAAAUAUACGGAAAUUUUCAACUUUUUUAUUGGCAGGUUUACGGUAUUUAAUUUAAACUUGUAUGUGACAACAGUUCAUUUAUUUCUGUUAUAAAAUGCCAAAAUUUAUGCUCUGUUUCCGCGCAAAGGGAUGCUUUUAAUGGCAGCCCUCAGAAGAGAACAGCCCAAAAAGUCAACAGACAUGAUUCAAAUUUAGUGAACUUAAUUUAUUUGGUUAAGAUUUUAUUAUUUUCAGUCUGGUUUCGUCAUGAAAAACUAAAAAUGCCGCAUAGAGGCCUAGUGUUGUAGUACUAUUUCGAUCUUAAAAAAGAGCUAAACGUUUUCGUCAUAUAAAGGCGUUAUGUGGGGACGAAAAAUCCACCUUAUUCGAUGCAAUCUACUUUCAAUAGUGCCUUGUGUCAUAAUUCAUCAAUGUUCCCAAUUUUGUCAAAAUAUCUGUAGAAUUGCAAUCUGCAAAUUGAAUACAAAAAUGUAUAGACGAAUUUUCGAAAAAUGACUCUGAAUUGAUCGCUGUAAAAAUCUGAGGUUCUUGGAUAUUACAUACAUCCGCACUAACUUUAUGCGCCAAGUGACACAGAUAUAAAAGCAUAUAAAAAGGAAAGUUAGGCUUCUAUGGCACCCUCAGCUAUGUUACUUUUUCUAAGGGUUUGUGCCGUAUUGCUCCUUUUUGAUCAACAUAAGUAGAUGAUCAUUCCACCUCUUUUUUGUGAAAUCAGAAUUAUUGUUAUUAUUAUAAUUCUUUAUGCUGGAAAAGUUUGGCUGUAGCAACAAAUUACUUAGUACAAGGGCUUGCAGUUACCAAAGUGUUGAAAGUUUUCAUUUUAUUAAUGUCGCUGUUUGCGUAAAAUUUUCUAUCAAGUUAUGAUAUGCACUUUUAAAGUACGUUACAUUUCGGUUUUAAAACUGUGUACAUAAAAUGCCUGAAUACUUCUAAUUCCACCUCUACCUGCGCAGUGUUGCGAAUAAAUUAUGUUAUAUGAUAAUGAUAUUCUUUGGAUGUUUCCUUUAGUCAAAAAUAAACAGUAAAUAAUUAUUAUUAAAAGUUUCCUUUCCAAAACAUAAUAUUCAAAAAAACAGUAUUUUAUCGUCUUUACACGGUUCACAAUUGGUUGAUUAUUUUAAUGAUAAAGUUUUUUGAAAGGUUAAAAAGUUAAAAAUGAUUGUGGCAACCCCAUAAUCUUAUCAACUGUGAAUCGUAAUGGAUUCUAUGAAAAGCUUAAAAAACAAAUUUAAAUUUUAUUUUGAAAGCAUGUCACUUUAUUGUUAAAUAGAGAAUAAAUUUAUAACAUAAAGCAUUGUAUGUAUACACAACCAAUAACGUUAAGUUGAACAACUAGCACUAAG